AUGUUGCGAAUAUCAAUUUUCUUCCUCCUGAUAUCCCAUGCCUUUUCCAUGAACUUCAGCUUCACCAGUUUCCAGCCCAAUGAUUAUAGCAAGAUAUCGUGUGAAUUAUCAGCUUACAUUGCAGAGUCAUACCUCUACUUAGUAAGAAACCAAAAGGAGCUAUCCUCAGACAAUAGUCAAGGUCGAGCCACAUAUCAAGAACCGAUGCACUUGUGGGACAAAGCCACCGGGAAACUCGUAAAUUUCAACACCAAUUUCACCUUCGUGAUUGAUUCACAGAACAGGAGUAAUGUUGGAGAUGGGAUGGCCUUCUUCUUAGCCCCUAAUGGCUCAAAGCUUCCUAAUCCCCCAAAAGUUGGAGGAGGUUCUAUGGGUCUGAUUAUUGGAGGCCAAGAAACGAUACUUAAUUCAACAGAUCAUCCCUUUGUUGCUGUGGAGUUUGAUAUCUAUCCCAAUUGGGGUCCUACUGAAGGAUGGGAUCCUCCGUAUGUACAUGUGGGUGUCGAUAUCAAUUCUAUUAGAUCUAAUAGAAGUGUUCGAUGGCUGGCUAAUAUCACAGGAGGCAGAUCAAAUCAGGCUUUCAUCAGCUACACUGCAAGUACACGUAAUUUAAGUGUCUCCUUCACCGGUUUUGAUCAAUUUAACAACACUGUGUGGCAACAUCUUCAUCAAAUAGUUGAUCUAAGAAAGUACUUGCCUCAAUGGGUUAGUUUCGGUUUCUCAGCAGCCACAGGAACAUCAGUUGCAAUACACAAGGUCGAUACAUGGAGUUUCUACUCAGAGGACUUCCCACGUAUUGCUCCCAGUACAGGUAGAAAUGCCACAACACUUGCUAUAGGAUUAGGGGUUGGAGGGAUUGCUUUAGUUUGUCUGGUUGUAUUGUUUUUCUUGUGGAAGUACAAAAAGAAAACAAAAGAUGGUGAGUCUAAUGACAACAUCAGUGACGAUGAUUUUGAAGGAGGAACAGGGCCCAAAAAGUACUCAUAUGCCGAAUUGGCAAGUGCCGCAGAUAAUUUCAAAGAUGAGCAAAAGCUUGGUCAGGGAGGAUUUGGAGGGGUCUAUAGAGGUUUUCUCAAAGAUUCAAACUCCUACGUUGCCAUAAAGAGAAUUUCAAAGGAUUCUAAACAAGGGAAGAAGGAGUUUGCUUCAGAAGUGAGAACUAUUAGUCAACUAAGACAUCGAAACUUGGUGCAACUAAUCGGUUGGUGUCAUGAAAGGAAAGAGCUCUUGCUAGUUUACGAGUACAUGCCAAAUGGAAGUUUGGCUUCUCAUCUCUUUGAUGACAAAAGGUUUCUCACAUGGUCAAUUAGAUUUAAAAUUGCUCAAGGCUUAGCCUCUGCCUUAUUAUACCUGCAUGAAGAAUGGGAACAAUGUGUGGUUCAUAGAGACAUAAAAUCAAGCAACGUCAUGCUAGACUCCAACUUCAAUGCAAAACUUGGAGAUUUCGGAUUAGCACGACUUGUAGACCAUGCAAAAGGAGCACAAACUACAGCUUUAGCAGGAACUAUGGGUUACAUGGCUCCUGAAUGUAUCACUACUGGAAGGGCCAGUAAAGAAUCUGAUGUAUAUAGUUUUGGAGUUGUUGCUCUAGAGUUAGUUUGUGGAAGAAAACCUAUCAACCAUAGGGUUCCAGAAGACGAAAUAAACAUAGUGAAUUGGGUGUGGGAUCUCUAUGGAAGGGGGAGAAUUCUUGAAGCAGUUGAUCCAAGGCUACAAGGAGAUUUUGACCACAAUCAAGUGGAAUGCCUGAUGAUUGUUGGGCUGUGGUGUGCUCAUCCUGAUCAUAACCAUAGACCUUCAAUAAGGCAAGCAAUUCAUGUGCUUAACUUUGAAACUCCAUUUCCUAGUCUCCCCUCAAGCUAUCCCAUACUAACUUAUCAUGAAUUCCCAAUGUCAUUUUCAAUUCUAUCGAGCUCCAGUGCUUCAUAUGCAAGUCAAAACCAGAAUAUAAGCUUUAGUUCCAACACAAAUUCCUCUGGAUUCACUGCUUCAACUUCUCGCGGUAAUGUUUCACCAAGUGUGUCACUUUUGUACUCGAGCAAAAAUUGAUUACGGUUAUUGUACUUUUGUGGUUAAUGCACAAAAUUAUUUUCCUAA